CUUUUCGCCUCGCCGCGGCCGUAGCGCGAACAAUAGCAGCCGGGGCAGCCCUUUUUGCAAGCUUUUGAAAUCCCCGGGCAUCUAUCGUCGCAGAGGCAGCCUUUUCGCAAGCUUUGGCAAUUCCUUCGGCCGCCCUCCUGCCGCCUCAUGGAGCCCGAACCGUCUCUGGAGGCCGAGCCCAAGGUCGCCCCCGAGCCCGACACGAGGGCCAGAAAAGCUGCCCAGACGGCACCGGAGGAGCUCGCCAUCCUGAAAGGCGCGGCCGACGAUCCGGCGCGGAUGGUCGCCGUCGUCAUGAGCAUCAAGCGGCGACGCCAGGCACGCGUGCGCAUGGCGUUCGAAUAUAAGAAGGAGGCCGCGAAGGCCGCCGCGCCGCCGCCGAAGCCGCGGCCGCCGGCGCCGAAAGGUGAACAGGCGCUGCGGCCCUUGGAGCGGCUCCUGGACCGGCUGUCGGGCGUCGCGGCGACGGCGCGGCGCGCGAGCGAAGACCCGUUCUGCAACGUCCGCGCGCGCUGCAAGGUCGUCGCGCGGGCGGCGCUCGACGCGCGGCUUGAUGUGAGGAAGGAACUCGACACAAUCAUGACGGGCGAGCGGAGCCGCGCGUACCGGCGGCUGCGGCGGACGACGGCGCAGCUGGAGCGGCGCCUCGCGCCGCUCGAGCUCGUGGACGUCGCGGCGGCGCGGCGGCGCCGCGCGGCGCGCGACGCGCGCUGCGCCGCGUGGCUCGCCGCGCGGCUGCCGGCGCGGGCGGCGGCGCUCGAGGCGCUGGGUGCGUUGAUCGAGCAGCACCGCGUUUUGGAGCGGUCGUGGACGUUCCAGCGCGCUUUAUUUUUUGAGCAGCUCCGGCUGACGGGGGCGACGGGCGGCGGUGAAGGAAGGCACGAGCGCGAGGCGCUGUCCUUCGGCACGACGUCGUUCGCCGCCUUCUGUUCAUUACUAGCGGCGCCCUGCCUGGAGGACGCGCGUAAUAAAGGCGGCGCGUGCGUGGUAUUGGGGUCCUCGACCGGCACGCUUUGUUUUUACGCGGCGGCGCUGGGCUUCGACGUCAAAGGCGUCGACGUGAUGGAGCCGGCCGUGGCCGUCGCGCGGUCCCUCGCCAUCACUCAUUCUGAAAUCGGGGUCGACGCGGGCGCGUUUCGCGUGUUAGAUGUCAGAGACCCGGACAUCGGCCGCAUCGUGCGGGGCGCCACUUUGGUAAUCGUCGCGUCGUCGUGCUGGGGCCCCGAGCUCUGCGACGCCUACGCCGAGGUCCUCGAGGCGAGCCUCGACUCGGACGCGACGGUCGUCGACUUCAGCGCGCACCUCGACGACCGGCCCCCCUUCACGAAAGUCGGCGAGGUCCGCGUGGACGCGUCCUGGGGGAGCGCGCCGCUGCGCGUGUACCGGCGGUGGUGAGUAAGUCGUGUUUUCGUUU